GCGGUGCCUAUAGGGCAUGUGAAAACUGCACCUGUAUGAGAAGGUGGACCCUCAGACAGGCCUGCACAUCGUGGAAUGUAACCCAAUGGAAUGUGACCAAAACUGUGAGCCGGGUUAUGAGUACCACGUCGUCCCCACCCAGUGCUGUGGACGCUGUGUCCAGAAGAAGUGUAUAGUAUCUGUGCCGCCCAACAUCACCCAUGUUCUAGAGUCUGGGGACACCUGGGCUCCGGUCCAACUGCCCUGUGUGAGGUUCGAGUGUGUGCAGAUCGGAAACCAGUUCGUCACUGUGGAAACCAAGAUCAUCUGUCCUCCCUUCAACCCAGAGGAAUGUAUCCAGGGAACAGAGAGUUUAGCACCAGAUGGAUGCUGUCAAGUCUGUGUUAAGAAGGACCAGCCGUGCAGAGUACUACCUCCGCCAAAACCCUGGAGAUAAAGGGCUGCCAAUCAUCAGAGCUGGUCAACCUGACGUCCUGCAUCGGAGCCUGUGGGACAUUCAGCAUAUACUCCACCAAACUGGAGUCCAUGCAGCACUCCUGUUCCUGUUGUCAGGAACUGGCCACGUCCAAACAAGACAUUGAACUGGACUGUCCCGACGGCUCCAAAAUCACUCACACCAUCACUCGAGUGGACACCUGCGGAUGUUUGAAGACACAGUGUCGGCGUUUGACGGCGAGGGGACAACCCAGAAAA